UGGACCCCCGCCAUCCUCGUUCCAAAACUAAAUCCAAGUUUGCAUCUGUGCCGUACACACUUUGCUCGCUUUUAGGCGUGCCUAAAAUUAACUGCACUUUAUUUAACUGGAAUAUAUAUAUAUAUAGAUAUAUUUGCAUAUGGAUAUUACUUUCGCGUUCACGACAGAGAUAUCUCAUCACAGACUGCGGGUAAGCAUGAACGCAUAUGGACCGGAGAAAUCAGGGUUAGCCUAACAGUGUCGGGCUGUCUGUGUGCAGCGAUGCCUCCGCAGGGUGUUGGGGAGUAUAAACCCGUGUCAGGCUCUUUAGUGCCACCGGUACCACCGCGCAGAUUCAGGGGUAAAGAUGUGGCGAAAAGGAGCCGCUGGGGCUCGGCGCCGGAGCGCAGGGUGAAGUGUGUGCUGGUUGGAGACGGAGCUGUUGGUAAAACAAGUCUGAUCAUCAGUUACACCACCAACGGCUACCCCACGGAGUAUGUUCCAACAGCUUUUGAUAACUUUUCAGCGGUCGUUGCUGUUGAUGGGAAGCCUGUGAAACUCCAGAUGUGUGACACUGCAGGCCAGGAUGAGUUUGAUAAACUGCGACCUCUGUGCUACACCAACGCUGACGUCUUCCUGUUGUGCUUCAGUGUUGUCACACCAUCCUCGUUCCAGAAUGUCAGGGAAAAGUGGGUGCCUGAGAUCCGACGGCACUGUCCACGCACCCCCAUCUUGCUAGUGGGCACCCAGGCUGACCUCCGGCAGGACGUCAACAUUCUCAUCCAGCUGGCCAAGUACAGAGAACGUCCAGUGGAGCCACAAGAGGCCUGUGUGUGUGCUGAGGAGGUGCGUGCUGUGUCUUAUAUGGAGUGCUCAGCACUUACACAGAAGAACCUGAAGGAGGUGUUCGAUGCAGCGAUACUAGCCAGCAUUCAGAACAUAGACAGCCAGCAGCAGAGGUUGAUGAAACGCACACCCAAUAAGAUGAGGACACUCUCCAAAUCGUGGUGGAGGAAAUACUGCUGUUUGGCAUAGAGGGAUAAGAGGGAUAUUCAAAAACCUUCCCUUGGAGGUUUUAAGUAUGGACUGUAAGACCAAACUGAUGGCUUUAGGGUUGCUGGAAUAAUAUAUGAACAGAGAUUAAAAUUAUAUUAAAAUUUGAUGGGGCACAGUGCAGAAGAACAGGAUAAGUGAAAUGACAAGAUUCUAUAAACAUUAACUACCCUCCUUUACUAAUCCCUCCUUUACAGUGGAAAAUGCAAAGUUGACUCUUGAAAUGAGUCGCUCGUGUCUAGUUUCAUGUUCCUGCUCCAGCCAGUCUGAAGAACAGAGAGCAAGAAGAAGCAAACUUGCAAUAUAGCAUUGCAAAGGAGAGCCACAUGCAAUAUAGCACUGAAUACCUUUCUCUUAAAAUCAUCAUUGCAGGUGCAGUUAAUUUAACAUUGGUGUUUUAUUAUGCAGCAGAUCCUCUCUAACACUAACGAAAUACAAUGUUCCUGAAGUUUCUCUUUUUGAAAUUCAGACUACUCAGUCUACACUGUGAAAUAACAAAGACCAUUUGGGUGGUCCCGGAUAGAGGACAGUAAUAUUUAUAGUCCACCAAUAUGUAUGCGCUGUCCUUCUUUUACAACAUAAAUUUGUUUCUAAAUCUUAAUUAAGAUACCUGGACGAACAGCUUUCCUCGAGCUGGAGUAUUGUGAUUUCCUGUUGGAAAGCUGCCAAGGCCUGUUUCAGUCAAGGGUUACUAAAGUGAUAAGUCCCUAUCUGUCAAAACCAAAUAGAUAUUCUGGUGCUCUAUCAGUAGUUUGACAUCGGUUUGUUUUCAGCGAUCUGUCAAAUUGAAGGACAGCCCAGUUCAAAAAAUAGCUGAACAAAAAAAAAAAGUUGUUUAUUUUAUGACUUAAUCCAGAGCUUCCAUUCAAAACAUACCAUGAGGUCAUGGUCAGUAAGUGAGUAUUAAACAGUCUAGUUAAAAUUUGUGUAAGUACUGCAUGUUCACUCAUGUGAGAGGUGCUUGACAUAGAAAAACAGUGUUUGCUUUCUUUGUCCCUAGACAUUGGCUGUUUAUCUGUCAUGAAGUUAAGGUGUAGAAUAUGGGUUAGUGUUGAAUGCAGGAGUUUCCCUUGAAAUUACAGCUCAAUAUCACCUAGAGCUGUAAGUUUCAGAAAGCUUUGAUAAUGCUGAUCAAUUUUUUAAAUCAGUAUAGUUAUAUGCAGUGUGUUUUAUUUGCAGUUUCUGUAUUUUUAUGUUCAUUUCCAUAAAAAAUAUCAGUUUUUUAUAAAUUCCAUACAGCAAUCCAGCAACCAUGAAACUAUGAAAGUGGUAUAUUAAAGUGUAUAAGUAGCCUGAAAUUAUAAGAUAUAUACGUAAAAUGUGAUAAAGUAUGUAGAGAAUUGUCCAAAAUGGUUUCUUUAUAGCUCAGGUAAAACUGUAUCAUACAUAUUUUGUUUAAUUAGUGUAGAACAGGUGACCCUAGCAGGUAAUAUUACUUACCUGCUAUUAAACUUUAUAUAUCACAGAAAAACUUAUGAUUUAUUUUAUUUAAAAAAAAGUCAUAUUAAUACCUAAUAACAUUGGCCAUUACAUUAAUUAAUAAUAAAAGUGCCAUUGUUUAUUAGGAAUCAGACUCCAUGACUUGUAGGCAUUAAAAUGUCUGUGAAAAGAAAUCAAUAUAAUUUUGUGCCUUGUCUCCGUUUGAGACAUCUCAAUCUGAAGUCAUGAAAGACACCACAGUUAUUAAGCACUAGCAUCAUUUAUUGCUCAACAUUUCCCCAGUUGUGGUAAACUAGAGCUUUAUCCUUGGGUAAAUAAUUGAUCAGGUUCACCCAUGUAGAAUGAACUGGAAAAGUCACCUGCUGAAACAGGACAUGAGCAAGUGAAAAUGGAGUGGCACUGAAUAGAGAGGUUAAAGUUUCACAAGAUAAGCAGUGGUAGACACUGGAGUAUCAAUAAGCCUGCCCUUCCCAACAUGCUUGUAUCAGCAAUGACCUGAAACUGAUGUCUCUUUGAAGGUUGCCUUCAUAUACCAAAAAAACAAAGAUAGCUCCUCAUGUCUACCAUCCAUAAGAGUGUAAAUGAAUGUGGAGAGAUGGAGUUAUUGGCUUUCAGAAUGUGAAAAACCGAAUAGUGUAACUGUACAUGUGAAAGAGAAUGCUCAUUGAACACACAUACAACUGGAAAUAAAGGUGCUGUUAAAAUAUUUUUGAACACAAUAGUUGGUACAUUUCAGUCAGCAUGUUUCAAAUGUAAUUGAUAAGUCACAUAAUGUAUGAACUGUGUUUGACACUGGCAUUUUGCUAAUCUUUUAAUUGAAUCAAACUAAAUGUUGAUUGGUAAAAGAAUAAUGUCAGUUUGCAUUUGCUGGGCCAAUUUCUUUAUUGUCAAAUUGCUUACAACAUUGUGAACUGUUUAUUUUUAUGGUAAUGAUCUUGUUGCAAGAUGUUGUAAGAUUUACAGUAGAUGAAAAUAUUCUCAGGACCUGGUCAUGACCCAGUGGGACAUGAGAUGAGAGAAUUGUAUAUAGAUUGCUAUCCUUUGUAAAAUAAAGAUGCAAAAUAUCUA